GUAAGAGAGCGCAAGAAGAGGGCCUGUUUAAGGAGGCUGGUACAGAAUAUAAACCAUACCGGCAGUCAGCGGCCUGCCCCCCCCCCCACCCCCAAGCGCCGGGGUGACGCGCGGUCAGAUCCCGCAAAUCCGAUUAACGGUCUGAAAAGCUGACGAGUUGUUCUGUCAGCGAAAACUGCCCAUUUCGGAAAUUAUUUGUGCGCUUAUCCGUGUGACACCUGUCGGCAUUUCUCACCCUUUCCAGCAGUCCUGUUCCUAGUUCAGUAAGAUACAGUAUUUUGACGAAAAAGCUGCGGAAGUGAUCGACAAAUAUAAUGUUCGCUAAACUGAAAGAGCGCGCAGAGAGGUUCUUAAACGAGAAGAAUUUGGUGACAGAUAUUCUAGGGAAGAUCGAGGAGAAAACCGGAAUUAAAAAACGUUACCUGGCUGCGGGUACCGUUUCUGUCACAGGACUGUAUUUAAUCUUUGGAUAUGGUGCCUCUCUACUCUGCAACCUGAUUGGUUUUAUGUAUCCUGCAUAUUUCUCAAUUAAAGCUAUCGAAAGCGAAAACAAAGACGACGACACCAAGUGGCUCACCUACUGGGUGGUGUACGGAGUCUUCAGUGUGGGAGAAUUCUUCUCAGACAUAUUCCUUUACUGGUGCCCUUUCUAUUAUGUUGCCAAGUGCCUCUUCUUGCUGUGGUGUAUGGCUCCAGUGAGCUGGAACGGCUCUCAGGUGCUGUACAAGCGUGUGGUGCGACCCUUCUUCCUCAAGCACGAGGCUACGGUGGACAGCGUAGUCAGUGACCUCAGCGGAAAGGCCAUGACUGCGGCAGAGAGUGUCACCAGAGAAGUCCUACAAACGCUGGUGAAAAACAAGAGCCUUCUGCCUUCAGAGGCAGCUGCCAAAGAGCUACCCAGCACGUCUCCUGAUCUUAAUGUAGACUAACAUGAUCCAGUAAUUGACUCCAACCAUAAGAAGUCUCAGUGAUCUGAUGGAGAACUCAUAGUUACUACAUGACUUACCAGGCUCACUCUCAUUUACAUGCAAACUGGCAAGGUUAACAAGUCUUAAAUCCCAACUGCAGGCUUUUUCCUUGAGGGCAAGGAAGAAUGCCAUCUUGUAGAACCCAACUGUGAAUUAUCAAGGAAAAAGGAGGUAAAAGAAAUCUGACCAAAGUGGGAGGAUUUAUGUAAGAAAAAAGAGGCAAUCAUGCUACAGAAUUAGAUCAGUGCCUCUGGUUCUUGCUUUUUUCACAGUAUUGUAGUGUUUAUUGCUGAUUUCUAUGCUAUACACAUUUCAAUCUUAGCCACUGUAGGCAGGUACAUAUUGCUUUUUCACAGGGCUGUCAAAAUGGGACCUGUAUAACCAUGUCUUGGUUAUUCUCUGAAUUUAACAGAUAAAUUGUUAUUAAGGGUCAUUAUUCUUUGUGUUGCACUGUUGUUAAUUUCUUUAUAUAUGUAGUCAUUUUAUUUUAAGAAUCACAUACAGUAGGUAGGCAUUGCAGUACUAAUGGGAAAUAAACGAACGUUGCCACUUUACAGUAUAACACAUAAAACAGUUCAAGAUAAUGUGAUGCAUUGCACAUAACUGAGACAAAGAAAAUAACAGGAUGCUAAGGAAAUUAUAUUUGUAGACCCAAGUUCUCACUCAGAAUGCCUGUUUAUUUUAUGGAGGCCUAUAAGAAGUAUGUUGCAAGACAUGUUUGAAAUGUUUGUAAUUACAUUUGUAAUACUGGGGUAAUUUUGUUUUGAUGAAGUUUUAAGAAUACUUCUUUUCCCUUCUGUGAUAA